AUGACUGACUCCAUUCCUGCUCAUGUAAAGCAGAUGGACAGGCUUGUCCGGGUUUCUAAUCGUUCAUGUAUAGACAAUUUGUGGAUGGAUAGAAACACUUUCGGUAGAUUAUGUCGCAUUCUACGUGCCCGGGCUGGAUUAAGAGACCAAAAAUUUGUCACCGUUGAGGAACAAGUUGCUAUGUUUUUGUCCAUUCUAGCACACUACAAAAAGACACGGGUUGUGGGGCACGAUUUCAUGUGUUCUUCUGAAACAGUGUCUAAAUACACACAUAUGGUGCUCCGUGGGGUGCUUACUUUGCAUGAGUUGUUAUUAGUGAAACCUGAACCGGUUGGUGAUGACUACACGGACUCAAGAUGGAAGCGGUUUAAGGAUGGGAGGGUUAUGCUGGUGAUUGGAGAAUAUUACGGGAUGCAAUCAGCCGGCCUCUCGGGCUUAAAGUAUCCAAAGGUAAAACAGUCUGACAUCUGUUUUAGUAAAGUGGAUUGCUAUUACCUCUGCGACAAUGCUUAUGCCGAUAGCGAGGGAUUCAUCACACCGUACAAAGGCGUUCGUUACAAUUUGAAGGAGUGGGGUCAUGGAACCCAAGCACCGCAAACAGCCGAGGAAUUAUUCAACUUGAAGCACUCUAAAGCUCAGAAUAUCAUUGAGCGUUCUUUUGCAGUUCUCAAGAUGCGUUGGGGAAUACUUCGCAGCCCAAGCUUCUACCCUAUCGAGGUCCAAACGGGAUUGAUAAUUGUUUGUUUCUUACUUCACACUUUUAUACGCACUCACAUGGAGGUGGAUCAGUAUGAGGAAUUGGUAGGAGCUCAGCAUGAAGACGGGUAUGAGAGUGAUCAUGAUGACCCUGUGGUGCCCACGAUCACUAAGGUCGAGCCAACACCAAUGUGGACGAAGAAGAGGGACGACCUAACUGCUGCAAUGUGGGCUCAGAGGACAAACGUGUGA